AUGAAAGUGUUGUUCCUUCGUUGUGCUCUGCAACAUGCUCCAGUAGGAAGCCCGAUGAGAUGGCCUUGCCCAAUUAAAGGAUGCAAGUUCUCUGCUGCUGUUGUAUCACAACACGUCGUGCACCAUAUGAACACCCAUAUUCCGGAAAAACUUCGCCAUCUACCUCAUCAUACAUGUCUGAGAUGUGGAGUCUGUUUUGGAAGAGCUGGAGCUCUGCGAAUUCAUCAUAUCAUUCAUCACACUCGUCGGCAUCAUCCCAAAGCAUUGCAGUACUUUAUGCGCGAAAGAGUAGGAUAUGAUUAUGUGUGA